AUAAUGUCAGCCGUUUUGUAUAAAUACAGGUAACGCAACCAAGCCAAGUAAGCAGCUCAAUUUUUCAUUGCUGAGUAAAGGUGAGAAGAAUUUACUAAGAAAAGGUGAAAAAUGAUCCAGUUUCUUUUAUUUACUGUCAUGACGGCAGGUGUUUUGUCUGUAUCUAAUUUUGGUCCACAGGAGCUUAUAUCAAAGAACUAUCCGAGUUUUCGAAUUGGCGAAAGACAUGGAAACCAAGUUUACAUUAUUAAUUCUGGAAAACCAAGUUAUAAAAUUGUUUCAGGACUGAAUGGAAAGCCUGGAACUAUCAGUUUCCAAUCAGUAACUAAUCCACAUGCUUAUUUACGACAUCGUGGGUUUCUUGCAUUCGUGGACAGGAACGAUAACAGUCAACUUUUUAGAGACGAUGCUUCAUUUAUAAUCAUCAUGAACAAAUUCUUCAAUGGUUAUGCGGUGUUUAAAUCCUCCAACUAUCCACACCGCUACUUACGUCAUCAAGGAUAUCGCUUGAAACUGCAUCGAUAUGACGGGUCACAUCUGUUUAAGCUGGAUGCUAGUUUUAAAGUAUUAGCGGUUGUACAGCCUAUUAUGCCUUCCAGUUACUUUGGACCAAAAACUUUCAUAUCAAAGAACUUCGCCAGUUACCGAAUUGGUGAGAAGCAUGGAAACCAAGUUUUCAUUGUUAAUAGUGGAACUUGUGGCUAUAAAGUUGUACCAGGACUGAAUGGUAAACCAGGAACUGUCAGUCUCCAAUCAUUGACUAACCCAAGUGCUUAUUUACGUCAUCGUGGGUUUCUUGCAUUCGUCGACAAAAACGACAACAGACAAAUUUUUAAAGAUGAUGCUUCAUUUAUAAUAAUUGUCAACAAAUAUUUCCAUGGUUACGCGGCGUUUCAAUCAUCUAAUUAUCCCAAUCGCUACUUACGUCAUCAAGGUUAUCGUAUCAAGCUUCAUCCAGAUGACGGGUCACAUCUUUUUAGGCUUGAUGCUAGUUUUAAAGUGUCAGACCCUUCCCAUCAUUAAAUGCACAACAAUGAAGAUUAUCACUCUUUGGACAGAGAUAACGCGAUUAAUCGUAUUCUUUUUUAUGUAACAGCUUCGUUUGCUGCUUUCUUUUUACAAAGAAAAAAAAUUCUUGAAGAAUA